AUUGCGGCGCCGGCCCGGCGCGGAACAUUCCUGCACGGCGGCCCUUGGCGGCGCGAGGGUCGGUCCGGCGCGGCGGGCGCGGGCAGGAAGGCGGAGACAAGGACGUGCCCCGCGUGAGUGCGUGCGUGCGUGCGGCGCGUGCGCGGAGCCAGUGGGCGCUGGGGCCGGCUCCACGUGCGGCGCGGCCCACGACCCCCGCGCCGGAGGGCCCCGCCGCUCCAUGAGCCGAGGCACGUCGGCGCCGGCACCCCACCCCAAGCGGCCGGCUCCGAUCCCCGGCCCCGCCGCGUCCGUGCGCCCGGCCGAAGGCCACGCAUUGCCAUGGUGACCGUGGGCAACUACUGCGAGGCCGAGGGGCCCCUGGCCCCGGCCUGGGCGCAGGGCGGCCUGACACCCUGCUUCUUCUACACGCUCGUGCCCUCGGCGCUCCUCGCGCUGGCAGCCCUGGCCUUGGUGCUGGCCCUGCCCUGCAAGCGUGGCCGAGAGCGGCUGGGCGGCCCUGACUCGCUGACUUGGGGAGCCGGGCCUCACUUCGCGCCCUACGUGGUGCAGCUGCUGCUGGCCACGCUUCAGAUGGUGCUGCCCCUGGCCAUCCUGGCCGGCCGCCUGGGCACGGCCCAGGGGGCCCCGCUGCCCGGCUACCUGCUGCAGGCCGCCGUGCUGGAGACGCUGGCCAGCUCCUGUGGCCUGGGGCUGCUCGUGGUGGACCGGAGACAGGCGCAGCAGAAGCUCGCCAUGGGCAUCUGGAUCAAGUACCGCCACAACCCGGGCCUGCUGCUCCUCUGGACCGUGGCGUUUGCAGCCGAGAACUUGGCUCUGGUGUCCUGGAACAGUCCACAGUGGUGGUGGGCAAGGGUGGACGUGGGCCAGCAGGUCCGUUUUAGCCUGUGGGUGCUGCGGUAUGUGGUGUCUGGAGGGCUGUUUGUCCUGGGGCUCUGGGCUCCUGGGCUCCGACCCCAGUCCUACACCUUGCGAGUCAAUGAAGAAGAUCGGGAUGCAGAGCGGAGCCAGGCUCCCUCCACAGACAGGGCGUCCACCUGGCGGGACCUUGGCCGGAAGCUCGGCCUGCUGAGCGGUUACCUGUGGCCCCGGGGAAGCCCAGCUCUGCAGCUUGUCGUGCUCAUCUGCCUGGGGCUCAUGGGGCUGGACCGGGGACUCAAUGUGUUGGUCCCGAUAUUCUACAGGGACAUAGUGAACCAGCUGACGGAGAAAGCCCCUUGGCACACCCUGGCCCGGACGGUCAGCAUGUACGUCUUCCUCAAGUUCCUGCAGGGCGGAGGCACGGGCAGUACAGGCUUCGUGAGCAACCUGCGGACGUUCCUAUGGAUCCGGGUGCAGCAGUACACGUCGCGCCGGGUGGAGCUGCGCCUCUUCUCACACCUGCACGAGCUCUCGCUGCGCUGGCACCUGGGCCGGCGCACCGGGGAGGUGCUGCGCAUCGUGGACCGGGGCACGUCCAGCGUCACGGGGCUGCUCAGCUACCUGGUGUUCAAUGUCCUCCCCACGCUGGCUGACAUUGUCAUCGGCAUCGUCUACUUCAGCAUGUUCUUCAACGCCUGGUUCGGCCUCAUCGUGUUCCUCUGCAUGAGCCUUUACCUCGCCUUGACCAUCGUGGUCACGGAGUGGAGAACCAAGUUCCGGCGGGCAAUGAACACGCAGGAGAACGCCACGCGGGCCCGCGCCGUGGACUCGCUGCUGAACUUCGAGACGGUGAAGUACUACAACGCAGAGGGCUACGAAGUGGAGCGUUACCGGGAUGCCAUCAUCAAGUACCAGGGUCUGGAGUGGAAGUCCAGCGCGUCCCUGGUUUUGCUGAAUCAGACCCAGAACCUGGUGAUCGGCCUCGGGCUGCUGGCUGGCUCCCUGCUCUGUGCCUACUUUGUCAGCGAGCAGAAGCUGCAGGUCGGGGACUUUGUGCUCUUUGGCACCUACAUCAUCCAGCUCUAUAUGCCCCUCAACUGGUUUGGCACCUACUACAGAAUGAUCCAGACCAAUUUCAUCGACAUGGAGAACAUGUUCGACCUGCUCAAGGAGGAGACAGAGGUGAAGGACCUUCCUGGGGCAGGCCCGCUUCGCUUUAAGCAGGGCAAGAUCGAGUUCGAGAACGUGCACUUCAGCUACAGCGACGGGCGGGAGACGCUGCGGGACGUGUCCUUCACCGUGAUGCCGGGACAGACGCUGGCCCUGGUGGGCCCCUCGGGUGCGGGGAAGAGCACCAUCCUGCGGCUGCUCUUCCGCUUCUACGACAUCAGCGCCGGCUGCAUCCGCAUCGACGGGGAGGACAUCUCACAGGUGACCCAGAUCUCCCUCCGGUCUCACAUCGGCGUCGUGCCUCAGGACACCGUCCUCUUCAACGAUACCAUCGCCGACAACAUCCGCUACGGCCGCGUCACCGCUGGGGACCUGGAGGUGGAGGCGGCUGCUCAGGCCGCGGGCAUCCACGAAGCCAUCCUGGCCUUCCCGGACGGGUACAAGACCCAGGUGGGCGAGCGGGGCCUGAAGCUGAGCGGCGGGGAGAAGCAGCGCGUGGCCAUCGCGCGCACCAUCCUCAAGGCCCCAGACAUCAUCCUGCUGGACGAGGCGACAUCCGCGCUGGACACGUCGAAUGAGAGGGCCAUCCAGGCUUCUCUGGCCAAAGUCUGUGCCAACCGCACCACAAUCAUCGUGGCACACAGGCUCUCCACUGUGAUCCAUGCGGACCAGAUCCUGGUCAUCAAGGACGGCUGCAUUGUGGAGCGCGGCCGACACGAGGCCCUGCUGUCACGAGGAGGGGUAUACGCGGACAUGUGGCAGCUACAGCAGCGGGGACAAGAAGACGCCUCCGAAGACCCCCAGACCCAGGCCCCGCCAACGUGACAGAAAUGGGGCCACGUCCCUUGGCAUGGAGCCGCGAGAGGGGAGAGGGGUGUGCGCAUUUCGGGCCCCGUCUGGGGUUUGUGAGGCCCCAGGAAAGGGGCUCUCCAGGAAGCCCCGGGG